GCAAUCACACACUAUUUGGACAGACUGUCCUAAAUAAAUUUGGGGCAGACUCAGAAGGGGCAUACUGCUGAUGAAAUAACUAAGGGAGCUUUACGGAUCCAUUAUAACAUGGUCUGCUGGGAUGGCUUCUAAGCUCAUGGACAGACUGCGACGGACACUGUUCAAAGAAGGAGAAGUAGUCUCUAAAGAGCCAAUUGAUGUAACAGAGGAAAGUUUCCCGGAGAGUUCUGAGUUAGAGGAUGAUACAGAGUGUCUCUCAGAGCGGCUUGGGGGAACACUCUGCUUCGAUGGGGAGAGCGCCCUGGAAUCCGAAGACCCAGGUGAGGCCUCAGGACCAGACAGUGACUCAGACUACCUUGGAGAGUCCAUAGAGGAUGGAUUCAGCAGCACAGACACCAGCCCAGUGGGCCCGUCUCCUGGAGGCUCAUCCCUGCUCACACGUCAGCUGCAGGAUAGCUGGAGCUUAAGGUUCCGUAGUGUUCCUCAGAAGCUGGUGUUUGAAGUGACUGAUGCUAGUGUGGUGCAAGAGAGCUCCUCCAAGUAUGUGCUCUACACCAUCCAUUUGAUCCAGUCUGGGAUGUUUGACGAAACCCCCGCCGCCAUCACCCGGCGAUACACAGACUUUAAGCGCCUGCACAGCUGCCUUCGCCGCCGUCACAGGGACAACAUGGAGCGCGUUGGUUUCCCCCGCAAGAAGCUGCGUAAAAACUUUGUGGCUGAGACCAUCGCCAAGCGGAGCCGGGCGUUUGAGCAGUACCUGACCCACAUGCACUCGCUGGCUGAGCUGCGGCGCUCGCCCACCUUCCUGGAGUUCUUCUACCUGGGUGACCUGCAGGCUGGCCAGAUGCUGAUGCGUGUGGGCCGUUACCAGGAAGCCUUGGGCCCUCUGCUCAAUGGCCUGAGGCUCCAGGAGAAGCUAGGCUGUGAGGAGCAGGGAAAGCAGCAGCCCCAUCACCAGCAGGGCACCCACUGGCUCUUCACCCUGUUGGCCCUGGUGACCUGCUUCCAGGAGCUGGAGCAGCUGGGGGAGGCCCAGGAGCACUGUGACCGAGCCCUGAGGGACCUGGCCCCCUCACCGGAGGCCCUGCAGCAGCACCACUUUCACCCACUGCUCAUUCCUCUUCUCCAGACCAACGUCAGACUGUCAUGGAAGAUCUCUAAGGAUAAGCGGCAGUGGGAAGUGCUGCUUCAGGAAAUCCAGGACUCUGGGGCUGAUACAAGGAACCAACCCAGCCUGAAGGAGUACCUGAUAAAGGAGGCCCUGGUGGAGAGCGAGGGAGACACUAAGGCCAAGCUCAAACGGGAAAAGGCCACUUAACCCAAAGAUAAUGGUGCUCAUAGUUAUGAGGAAAGCAUUUCAUGUAAUGAAGGAUUUGGUCUCUAGUCUCUUGACAUGUAUUUCCGACAGCACUCAGUCUAAACUCUUAAGACAUUCUAAUGAAUACACUCUACCUACCAAGUCAUGCACAAAUAGCAGAAAACAAUGGCAUGUUAUAAUUGUCUAUAAAGUUCAAAUUAUUUGCUUGAUUGUUUUACCUUGUAAAUUGUAGACAAGUCAUUUUUAAUCACAUUUUAUGAUACAGCUGCUUGGAAAUAACUUUGUAUUUUUCUAGAAGUUAACAGCAAAUAGGCCACUAUUUCAAAAAUACUCCUGCUUUUUAAAACUUUUCAAUUAUGCCAUUCACAUUCUUAUUGAGAUGUAAGUGGAUUAAUAACUUUAGGAUGACAAAAGGAUAGAACAUGAAUUUAAGGACAAACUUUGCUCAAGUUAGUCAUUUUCUUGUUUACACAAGAAUGAAGGGAAAACCUGUCUGACUGCUAUUGACAACACUUCUACUUGUUAAAUCAAGACUUUUCAGCAAGGAAUUGUAAUCAUUCUCAAUAACCCAGAUUUGUUUAUAUUGCUAUAGUAUUAUGCAGCCUCUGUACCAGAUUUGGAUUUGAGUCACUAGACUUACAUAAGGGGAAAUUCAGGUUGGUUUCCUUUCAUAUGCCUUAGGGAGGAGCCUAAUAAGAAUCUGAAUGCACCACUGGAAGUGUGUUUUAGACAAGAGGUAUGACUUAACUAUGUAUUUUUGCCAUACUGCAGGCAGGUCCUGUAUCACUAAUGACGUUAUUUCAAAGCAGACCUACAAUCCUGUGGGAGCAGGGAGGUAAACCUUUUGUUGCACUCUGAAAUAGGCUAGUCUACCUGCUUGAGUGACUAUUUCAAACUAACCUAAGAAUUAUUUUCUCAAUAGCCUAGAUGCAAUGUUACAUCUCUGAAAGUGCCUGCCUUGCACCUUUGAACUCUAGCCUUAACAUUUCACUGUUUAUUUGUAUACUAAAAUGAUUAGAAUAUGUAUUUUGUUUAAUAAAUCUAUCCCCCAAAGUUA